AUGCCUUCCCGCGACAGAGGACGAGCAAAAGCUCGAUCGUCGGAUGAAGAGUUCGUCCUGUUCCUUCAGGGGAUUCCGGCCCAUUGCCGCUGGCAGGAGCUCAAGGACAUGGUGCGCCAGACGGCUUUGCACAUUCGGCAGGCGGUUGUAUACGACGACCAGCACGGGUUUCCCACCGGGCUGGGUCAGAUCAUUGUCAAGAACGAGGAUGAGGCAUGGCGUACAUACCAUAGACUGUCCACCAAUGGGUGGGAUGGCCAGAGCCUGGUCGUCACACUGGCUCGCACCGAUUCCCCGACCAGACCUGUUGCUGGACCGACAAAGAGCCCAAGCUAUGUGAUCCCACCCACCUACGUGGCUGGUUACUCGACGCCGCCGCGAGUCACGCAGAACCUGGCCAUGCCACCCUCCCCCAUCUCUCCAGAUAGCCCGCUCGUUGCCACAGCUCCGGUCUACCAGGGUCCAGAGUAUGGCCCGGUGCUGAGCCCAAUGAUACCCCCUCCGCCACCUCACUAUCACCACCAACCUUACCUCCCCAUCUUCACAGAGCAGCUUCCGACCCUGCCACACUCACCCGCGCUCCGACACUCCUUCUGCGACUCUCUCGCCUUUGCCAUGCUCCCCACCUACCCUCUCCCACCUCUCCAUCACCACGAAGCCUCUUUCGCCCCCGUCCGCCCGAACCCCAGCACCACCAGUAGCAACAGCAGCACCACCAGCAACAGCAACAGCAACAAUAAUACAACCAGAAGAAGAAACAACCUCCCCCCCAAACCCUCCCACAACCCCCCACCCGGCCUAGCCUACCCACGCUUCACGCCAAAGCGCACCAUCUUCGUCCAGAACCUCAAUCCCACCGCCACCAGCAAAGACCUCACCCUCUUUCUCCAAGACGCCGGCACAAUUGAACAGUGCGAGAUGCCCCUGAGCCCAGACACAGGGCGCUGCAAGGGCUUCGCGCGCGUCACCUUCCGCACCGCAGAGGAGGCCAAGCGCGCCGUCGCCCUCUACAACGCGGCCUUCUUCCUCGGCGGGAAAAUCCGCAUCAAGAUCGACCGCAGCGCCAACCACGUUGCCGCAGCCGCAGCCGCAGCCACUGCCGCCGGCGCCGUCCCCGGCGGGCCCGUGCGUGAUCCGGCCGCCGCCAGGGAUGCGGGGAUGCAGGGCCCCAGGCCCCUGAAUGGGAAUUGGAAUGUGAUGCCCGUUCGGCCCGAGAGGAAGAUGAUGGCGGUUCCUGUGUCUGUGCCCGUGCCCGUGCUCGCGCCCACGCAGGCGAGGGAGAUGGCUGCGCGGCCGAGGACGGUGGAGAGGUGUCAGCCGUUGGUGGUGAAUGGAUCUGGGAGGGGGAGUAAGACGGCGUUGGCGACGUGA